AUGAAUCCUAGCUUUCUUCUAUUUCCCUCACUUAUUGGGGUUACUGUAUCCAUUAUUAUUGAAGGAGGGGGUGGUGGUGGUGGUUACAACGACCACAGUGGUCACCACAGUCAUAGUGAUAGUAGGGAUAGUAGUGGCAGUCAUGAGCAUCGGCCACGCCCUCACAAACCUCGUCCGACUCGACCACCCAGAGAACUGACAAACUGCCCGACUAACUGGUUGCUAUUCGUUAGACCACAAGGGAAUUGGUGUGCUCAGGCUUUCGUGGGUUCCUUUACUCGAGACGCUGCAGACGACAUAUGUAAAACAAUGGGAGCAACAUUGACUGGAUUGCAAUCGAGUGCAGAGAGGCUGAGGCUUGCAGAAGCGGCUAGACAGAUUGCAGUCCAACACAAAAUGAGAAGAGGUCCCAUGUGGCUCGGUGGUCGAGCGAAACCCGAAUGCACCUCACCACGUGCUUGUCCAGACUCGAGGAACUCGUUCUACUGGACCGAUGGACACUCUCUGAAUGGGACGGAUGCGUUCACAUGGAAUGCUGGAAAUCCUGCUCUGGAAUAUGGGUAUAAGGAUGUACAUCACGUGUAUGGCAUUUCCUCAUGCACUACACUUACUAUCGUCAGUAAUGGUGGACAGAUUAAUGGGUAUUGGAAUGGGUUGAUGGAUGAUAUGUGGUGUAAUGCAAAGCAGUAUAUGUAUGCGUGCGGGAAGAAGGCGACGUGA